AUGGACCGGCGGAAGCGGUCGAAGUCAGCGAACAAAGUUGCAGCUUUGGGGCUCCUGGCGCUGGUAAGCUGGUCAGCACGCUUGCAAACCCAGGAGUGCUUCUUCGCUUAUUUUUUUGGCGCCACUGCUGGGCAUGUGUGCGCCACUGCAAACACCCCUUUAGUCUCCGCUGCUGGGGUUGCGUGCGCUACUGCAAAAGCCCCUCUGCGCAACGUUGCUUCGAAGUGCAAGGAGCAAGACAGGACAGGCCAGAUUCUUGAAUAUUUGGAAGCGCGUGACUGGACAAAUACACUGGCAAUUUCCAAAGCAGUAGUGGGGAACAAAGGGACACAGAAGGACGUGAACCCACUACUAUAUACCCUGGAACAGGAGGGCAAGCUUGAGAGGAGGUCGUCGCCAAGCAAGCCAAGCCACAAAGAAUGGAAGCUUGCGGCGGCGCAGCUUAGCAAGGAUGACGGAGACAGCGACCCAGAAGACGUGAACCGUUUCCUUUCCAUUCACGAGGAGAGAGAACUCGAGAGAACGUCGUCGCCAAGCACAGCAAGCAGAGAAAGGACAGGCCAGAUCCUCGAAUAUUUGGAAGCGCGUGACUGGACAAAUACACUGACAAUUUCCAAAGCAGUAGUGGGGAACAAAGGGACACAGAGGGAUGUGAACCCACUACUAUAUACCCUGGAACAGGAGGGCAAGCUUGAGAGGAGGUCGUCGCCAAGCAAGCCAAGCCGCAAACAAUGGAAGCUCGUGACAGCUCCGGCACCACCCGAGCCAUCUCUAUCAGCGGGAGAACACCGGCAGGUUCACAGGACAACAGAGGAUGUGCAGCCGGCGUCGAAGAGCCAGAAGGAGUUAGAGGAGCGCGUUGCUGAGGCUCUGGAGGAUCCGAAGUCGUUUCGAAGUCUGGCGCAGUCCUUGAAGCCGCCAGAGCUUUCCCCUUCUGAAGCUGCUCAUCAGCAGAAGAUACUGCAGGUUGUUACAGACCUUGCUGACGAGAGAUUUUCGGAAUUUCCUGGGGUUGCCAAACUUGAGCAGAUAGGCUCCAAGGCAUAUGGUGUUGACAUCCAUGGCAGCGAUUCCGAUUAUGCUCUCAAGAUGGGAGAGAUUCCAAUCUAUCAUGCAGCAUGGGAGAAGUAUGUGGCGGCCUUAGGGCAAAAGCUGUCCCCUACGAGAGUGGAGCUAAGAAACAAGUCAGCAGCCAUCCUCGUCGAGGACACGAUGCCAGUCCCUGUGCUUGAAAUAGUGCCGUUCAACGCACACUUUGACGAAGAGAGCGUGGUGUUCGAGACUUUGUUUGGAACUGGGAAUGCAAAAACUCUAAAUCGAGCAGCGGCAGAUGUCAUGCUGAAGCAGCUGUUUGAAGGCUACCAGGGGGCUCGAGAUGCGACCCGUGUGGCCAAGGCUGUGUUCUGUGCAGACGACACUCCCAGCUCGACGCGUUCAGUGCCGUUGGGUUACUUACUGACGCUGUACAUUUACAGAGCUUGCAGGAGGCACAAGAUCAAGGAGGAUUUUUCAGGAGUCGAUUUGUUCCAUGAGCUACUUAUGGAGAUACACAGCUGGCCUGUUAAGGGCCGCCACAAGUCUCUGAACAUGGCAUCCAGGUGGGCCCAGAAUCGCGGCUGGGACCUGGAGCAUGUCUUCAAGAUGUGGCAAAAGCGUUCAGAGCGCAUUCGAAAACUUUUCGAAACUUGA